GUGAAACUUCCGGUUCCAAAGGCUUGGGGCUUAUGCUGACGGAGUGGAACCAGCAGCGCCAGUAUGGUGCUGCUGGAGAGUGAGCAGUUCCUGACGGAGCUGACCAGGCUGUUCCAGAAAUGCCGGUUGUCGGGCAGCGUGUUCAUCACCCUGAAGAAGUAUGAUGGUCGAACUAAACCCAUUCCAAGGAAGGGUUCUGUGGAGGGCUUUGAGCCCUCAGACAACAAGUGUCUGUUAAGAGCUACUGAUGGGAAAAAGAAGAUCAGCACUGUGGUAAGCUCCAAAGAAGUGAAUAAGUUUCAGAUGGCUUAUUCAAACCUAUUGAGAGCUAACAUGGAUGGGCUGAAGAAGAGGGACAAAAAGAGCAAGAGUAAGAAGAGCAAAGCAGCGCAGUGAAGAGCACCAGAUUUCCUGCUUUCACCAGUUAACCACUGAAUUGCUAUUUUUCCUUUGGUUUUUACUUUUGGCCACAAAGCUGGGUUUCUGAUUCCCCUACAAUAACUGUUUUCAUGUGAGAUUAGGGUCAUUUUUGGAUGGAAGAAGGGCUGCAGUGUUUACAGGGUAGUUACAAGAAGCCAGUUUAUUUUAUAUCUGGCUAAGUGAUCUGUGUUGUAUGGUUGUAUGUUUCUGGAUAAUAGUUUACAGUCUCUGUAGCCGUCUGUGAAGAGCACUGUAUCAUUAAACCUGUAUUUAUCAGUACUGACCAUCUUUUAUUCCUUUUCCCAUCCCAUAAAAAGUUUCUGGCAAUAGCACUUCAUUCUGGAAUGACUGAUUAUGAAUAGGCUUUAGGCCCUGUCUUAUGAGUUACUGGAAUUGAAACCUGACAAUUUUAUAAAAAGUUGUGUUAUUUCAUGGGUAUUUUUCCCAACUUGGCUGUAUAAUUUUAUCAUCAUAGCUCCUUUAGCAAAUUUGAAUGAGUUCUCAUAGCCAAAUGAGAGUUUGCUUAACCAAACUAAGGAUAAGCCUAUUACAAAAUCAUCAAGAAUAAAGAUUCUGAGUUAA